ACUCACUACUGAACACGACCUGCCGCCUGCCACAUCUGGAGCCGCUUCCCCAAACGGGAAACUUCAACUUUAUUUAUUUAUUUUUUUGUUUUCUUUUUACGCUGCGCACAAACGCUCCGGCGUUUGCGAAUUUGUCAGAUCGUCAGGGCGAAUUUGGUUUUCUCUUGGUAGUAAGUAGAGAUUCUUGAAGCCAAAUUGGCGUUUCUUAUUUUUUUUUUUGUUAUUAUUAUUAUUUUACAUCACCCAUCGUUAAACAAGAGUCCGUUGGGGAGUUUCAUGCAUUCAGUAGCUGCGUAACUGCCGCGCUAGAUUUGUGGUUCAGCGCGUUUUCUUGGAAAUGGCACACAUAUCCACGUUGUCUUUCCUUUGAUUCAUUUAAAAGUAAGAGGACUCGCAACCGGAGGAAGCGAAGUGCGCCCGAUUCAUUGAAUGAGUUGAAUCCCGUCAGUCAGAAAGACACUUAUCUGAAAAGUUUCACGCUCUGCCGUGUCACAAGGUUGCUUUCUUCUGUUAAAUGUUAAAAGCAAGCCCCGUCCGCCGGUUCGCUGCACGAUAGUAGAUGGCUGCAGCUGGUGUUGACAUGAAUCAGAGGCAAAUGAAGUUGUGAGAUUCAGCAGCGACUGGUGAUGGAGUGAUACAAUUCUGGCUUAUUUUUGUCCCGGCGCUGAUCUAACGCUUGGAAGAGAAGACUGGAAUAAACCAUAAGGCGCACAGCUCCAUACUGAAGUGUUUAAGUUAGUCUGAGGGGAAAUUUAAAAGACCUAAAAAUACAGCGUUGGUUUCUUCCCUACAAAGAAUCAUUUGAACUUCCCACCGCAGAGCGAGAGCGACAUAAAUAGUUCUGACAUGUGGAUGUAAUUUCAGAAGAGGGGAAAAAAGACAGAUGCGGAGAAAUAAGGGGAGCGCGCUGAGCCCGAGCAUAUAGUAGAUUAUAGGAAAUUAAAUCGAGGGCAGAGCGAGGCGAUUACAGAGUUAUGAUUUCACGAGCAGCCAUAAGCAUCAAGAGGCCAGAUGGAGUGAAAAAGCACAACUCGGUCCACUUUGAAGAGAGUUAAGUAGAUUAAAUAAUCGCAUCUGAGCUUUCACCGGCGUCUGUUUGAGCCCUGCGAGGAUUCUUGGAGGUUGACUGACUUGCCUCAGGUCAGGGAUGGGAUCCUCUCUGCUGCUCCACAAUCUGGACUUUCUUCUCAUCUCGCUACUCAGCAGUUUUUGCCUGAUUUGUGCAGACGAUGUGCUGACAAGAGAGGAACAGAUAGGCCUGCUGUUCAGGGCCAAGCUGAAGUGCGAAGGUUACAUCAAGUCAAAGCACAGGAUCCCUGACGGUUUCUGUGCCCCAGAAUGGGAUGGCAUUGUUUGUUGGCCUGAAGGGGCUCCUGGAAAGCUCGUGUCCACCUCCUGCCCAGAAUAUAUCUACGACUUCAACCAUAAAGGUCUAGCCUACCGUCGGUGUGACAACAAUGGAACGUGGGAGCUGGCCACAGUCAACAAGACAUGGGCCAAUUAUAACGAGUGUGCGAAAUUCCUCUACCAUUACAACCAUAGUCAUGAAAAGGAGGUCUUUCACCGGUUGUAUCUCAUCUACACAGUGGGUUACUCCAUCUCUCUAGGAUCACUCAUUGUGGCUGUCGUCAUCUUGGGCUAUUUUCGGCGGUUACACUGCACGAGGAACUACAUCCACAUGCACCUAUUUGUGUCCUACAUACUGAGAGCUAUAAGUAUCUUCGUGAAAGAUGUUGUUCUCUACUCCGGAUCGGCGCUGGAGAACAUGGAAAGAGUCACAGUGGAGGACCUCAAAUCCAUUACCGAAGCGCCGCCAGCCAACAAAACACAGUUUAUUAGCUGCAAAGUGGUCGUGACCUUGUUCAUGUACUUCCUGGCAACCAAUUACUACUGGAUCCUUGUGGAGGGUCUCUACCUCCACAGUCUCAUCUUCAUGACCUUCUUCUCAGACAGAAAGUACCUGUGGGGAUUUACGCUGAUUGGAUGGGGUGUACCUGCUGUGUUUGUGACCAUUUGGGCAACUGUGAGAGCCACGUUUGCAGACACGGAGUGCUGGGACUUAAGUGCAGGCAAUUUGAAAUGGAUAUAUCAAGUGCCUAUCCUCGCGGCCGUAGUGGUGAAUUUCAUGUUAUUUCUGAACAUCAUCAGAGUCUUGGCAACUAAACUUAGAGAAACUAAUGCCGGAAGGUGUGACACAAGACAGCAGUACAGAAAAUUGCUCAAGUCCACGUUGGUGUUGAUGCCACUGUUUGGUGUCCACUACAUCAUCUUCAAUGCCAUGCCGUAUACGGAUGUGUCUGGGAUACCGUGGCUGAUCCAGAUGCACUACGAGAUGCUGUUCAACUCCUUCCAGGGAUUCCUAGUUGCAAUUAUAUACUGCUUUUGCAACGGAGAGGUGCAAGCUGAGAUCAAAAAGUCCUGGAGCAGAAGAACUCUGGCCCUGGACUUUAAAAGAAAAGCUCGAAGCGGCAGUAACACGUACAGCUACGGACCUAUGGUUUCACACACCAGUGUUACCAAUGUCACUGCCAGAGGGCCGCUGGCCCUCCACCUCACCACCAGGCUGGGACCGGUGCCUGUCAACGGGCACAGAAACCUCCCUGGGUAUGUUAAGAAUGGCUCCGUCUCUGAGAACUCCAUGCCCUCUUCGGGGCAGGAGCUCCACAUUCCCGAAGAGGAGCAUUCGGCUCCUACGCAGUCCUGCGAGAACGAGAAACCCUCGCCCGUGGUGGAGGAGGAGAGGGAAACGGUCAUGUGACCUGCGGGACAAUGCGCGUAGAGACGAAAAGUGGAAAAACAAAUCACAAAACAGUCUCAGGAUGGUCUGAAGGGGGGGGGGGGAAUGCUGCACGCAUCAUCACUGCCAGUUUGUUCUCCUGUGAAAUCGAGCCGGAAAACGUUUCCGCAGAUGCUGAUGAGGCUCCGGGCAAAUAGGGUGUAUCACUUCUGUGAGCUUAUCUGAGGAAUGACGACCUCCGUUGUCGUGGCAAAUACUCGGAGCGCCUUCACCAACCACCUGCCACAGCGAAUGUGUAAAAGGCUGAAAACAGACUGCCGUUUUGCAUUUCUUUUACACGUCACACCACGUCCGUCCUCAUCUUGUUUUGCUUUUUAUAGCAAAAAAUGUCUUGUGGUAACCGUUUGUGCAUAAAUUACAGUUGAUGCCAAGCAGAGCCUUAAUCACCCAUAAAACAGGCGGGGUUUGAGUACACUCAGUGUGACACAAAUAUGGACAAUUUCAUCAGCAAGUUUCAGAUUAAUCGUACGCUUGGUUUGGAACGUGAUCAGUCGACUUAAAUCCACUUCAGUCUAAAAGGGAAGUUACUCAGGUAAUUGAAGUCCUCUGUUGUUGCACACCUAUUUUUAUACUUUCAAAGUGGUGUUUUAGCAUAGUCUGCAUUUCACUCCAGAGGAUGCCUGUAUAUUGUAUUAGGCUAUGUACAUUUUUAUCGAAUUGUUGUACAGUUUUCUGCUGUUCAGAACAACCCGGCAUUCGUCCCUCCAGUUACAACAGAUUUCAAAUGUUGAAUGUAUCACCAGUUUUUCUCAAAAGAAAAAAAAUCUAUAUAUAUAUAAUAUCACACGCACGACCAAAGUAAGUUGCCAAAUUAAGGAUGUGUCUUUGAAGGCUACCUUUCUCUCGGGCUUAGUUUUAGCAGAAGAAUUAACAGUCUUAACCCUAAAAAUGAGACACAAUCCUAAUUAAAUGAGGAAUCCAACAAAAUUCCUUUGGAAUUCCAAGAGCGGCAUUUGUGGUGGAUACGAAGGAAAGCCCAGACAUGAAUGGUAAUUUUUUUACAGAUGGUCCAAUGUUGUGCUGCUUUUUGAUGUAUAUACAAGUCAAUGUUUACAAAGAUAAGAAAUCCAUUCUAAUCGUGAGCUAAAGGUGUUGUAUGAAAAUGUUAUAAAGCUGUAUUUUUUAAUAUGUUUCUUUAUGGAAUGUUGGCAAUAUUCAAUUAUGUGUAUAUAGUCCAAAACAGAGCUGGUGAACACAUCCACAGGCGGCAGGGGGAUGUUCAUACGAGCAUUAAGUGAAGCUUCCCACUUAACCUGCGUGGUUGGCAGUAUAGGUCUCGUCAAGUCUUAUACCAAAGAGGAAAGCCAUGCUACAGCACACUGCAAGAGAAAAGGUUAUGUUGUUGAAUUCCUUUGCAUCGUCUGCAAAGGUCAAAUCAUGCGUAAGCUGCAUUUAAAACACUCCUACACACUCAGUUUCAUAUAAACAGCAGUGUGGAAAAUGACAGUUGUUCCCGAAUGAACCAGGGCAAAUAAUAUUUAAGGAGAUUUUCUUCCUUUAAUUUGGACGAUUGAUUGAACUUGGAGCUAAGGCCCUGUAGACCUUGUAUUAGCUGUCAUUCCAAGUUUGUGUUCACAAUUGGCAUUAAAAUGUGUCUCUGCAUGCAUCUGGAGUGACCACUUGAGAUCUGAUCACAGAUUCCGGCUGUGGCCACAAAACCACAUCAACCAAUAAAGCCAACGCUCAUACUCAGUAAUUCAACGUGUUAAUAUACUCUUGUUGUUAUUGUUGUGCUUUUUUUUCUAUGGCUAAUCAUACACGUCCUGUGUUUUCUGGGAGUGUUUACACCUGUAGUUAAAAGUGGCCACUGGUGAUCGGAUCAGUCAGGACACGUGUUAACACCAGGGUCUGAACAGGGCCUAAAAUUAGUAAUUAGUCUUUAUGACUGAUGGUACCUCGCAGAAAUGUGAACUAAUACGUGACCAGAUUCUUACAUACUCUAGAGCAGCCACCAUUUGAUAGCAAGCUUUUGUGUCCCACUUUCUGUUGUGCUCUUUGUGUCUGAUUUGUCCCAGUUUCUUGGCGCCUGUUGCUACAUUCAUUAAGCUAGGUGCUCUGACACAGCUUUGAAAGGUUAUUUUGCAUCUAAAACAUUAAAACAUUUUUUUCUUAUUGUCAGUAAUAACAUUGGACAGCUACGACCAGUAAUGAUUUGGCAUAUUAAAGGCAGGGUAUGUCAUUUAUUUUUGCCGUUAUUUUAUACAAAUUCAAUUAUAACCUGUUAGCAUAUUGUAAUUCAAUGGUGCGUUCCAUUGUCCUCGGAGGCAUUGGGAAUCACGUCACACCUGAGUUACCAGCGUUCCAGUUACAGAAGUUGGAAAACUAGAUGGCCGCGUCCAUGAAAGCGCUCAUCUUAUCCAAAUAUAACUUUGUGCGUUCAAUAAUUUGAGUGAAUUUUUUGAGUGUAGAAUGAAAUUAAAGUUUUUUUUUGGUUGUUUUUUUUUUUUUUUUAAAUCUUAUUAUUGCUACAAUGUUAAGUUAAGUUUAGGCUAUUUAAGAUGCAUAAAUUGUAAAUCGAACAGAUAACUUGAACCAAGAAGAGUUAGAAUUAUUACAGUGAUGAAAUUUACCGCACGAGGCAGAAAUGUAUAAAAAAAAUUCAAAAGUCUUAAUUGUUUAAUGUAAAUGUAGAAAAAAAUACACUAUUAAUCACAGUUUGCCACGGUGGUGUUUUUAGCCAUUGUAAGCGCGACAUGAGCUUGGUGCUAAUAAACUCUUCUAAUUACAGUUUAGCAUGGGGGCGGCCAUCUUGGUAACUCAGCUCAGGAGUAGUGAGGAUUCUAUGACUUUCUUUGGACAGAUGUUCCAGUUGAAAAUUCCAACCUACAACUCGGAAAAUCCGACUUUUGAGUACAAAUGGAACGCACCAGGUGUUAUGAGAGAACAGUUUACCUUUGUGCCUCCACUUACAGGCUUUAUAAAAAUCACCCCGUGAUGGUAUUUUUCCACCAAUCACAGGCUGUUUUACAGAGUGUCGCUGUUUCCGGUGUUCCUAUUGGCUACUCUACAUAAGUCGAUGCGCAUUCACAUCCCAUUGCUAGGCAGGCUUCUCCAUGUUGAUGGAUUUUAUGCAUGUUACAGCGACUGGAGAUGUUUGUUCUGAAGUCAGGGACACUAUGUACCGAUCUCAUCAAUGGAAAAAAAAUGUCCAGAUGGUUUAUUUGACCCUGGGUUCAAGUGAUCAUAGAGAGGAGGAAUGAGUGGAACUGGGACUGUAAAUAAGUAGGGGAAGGGGAACGAAUAUUUUACAUACCCUGCCUUUAAAUAAUGUGUAAUGGAGCUCAUUUUCUUGCGCAAUGGAGCUCCAUUUUUCAUGAGUAGAUUAUUUCUCUGUACGACUACUGCCAAGUAAUCCCCAGCACACGUAUGGUGCAAUCCACAAUUAAAAGUAGCCCCUAACAAAAAUGUAUUACUGACCUUUUCCUAGAAUCUACAGCUGUUUUAGGUCAUUUUACAAUCAAUUAUUCCAGCUAUAAGGACACGACAAAGCAUUUAGGGGUGGACUAAUGUAUUGGUCUGUCUUUUUUUUUCACACAACAAAAACUAGAGAAUAACAUCAUCGUCGUAGUUUUAGAAAUAUCCACAACUCUAAUUUUAUCUGGACAACAUCCAGCUGUUUCUUAACCGCCAGUCAACUUUAACCUUCCCGUGGGGAUCAGCCGUGAUUGCGACUGAAGGUUGAGUGGCUCGACUUCAGCGUUGAUUACAGGUGAUGGUGGACCCCCGUAAUGAGAAAAAAAAAAAAAAAAAGGGGAAAAGGUAGAGGCGGAAGGAAAUCACUGUCACUUGAUGUCACAGUAUCUCACUGCCACUAAAGACUUAAUUUGUUCUCAUUGAGCUGGAUUCGUUUAGCUAGUAUUUAUUGCAUCUCUCUCUAUAAGGAGUACUUUAUUUUAGCUGUUGUGUUUAUCCGGUCAGCCAAACUUUUCAGGCAGUAUCAGAGCAUGAAUUUUAUUUUAUUUUAUUUUUUUGUUUUAUUAAGACAUUUCUAUUUGAGCACUUUAAUACCCUGUAAUACCGUAUUUUAUUCCUGAUUGUAUCAUGAUUGUGUUUUGGAAUCAAGUGUACAAUAGGGCCAAUAAUCAUAUAGAGCUAAUGUUGUAUGUCAUUGUUUCAAAUACCUCUCAUGGAAGUAUACCAUGUGUUUCGUUGCCAUGUAUUUAUCUCGUGCUGAACAGUGCUCAGUGGAGCUGGCAUUAGCCGUCAUGCUUUCGAUCGGCGUGUGGGUGGUUUGCUGAGACGCCGUCCACCGACUCCAUUUUGAUGUAGGCAUGUUGUAGAUAUCAGUGUAAACUCGGGAUGAAAUUAAAAAGAUGUUUUCUGGUCUCUACUGUCCAUCAGUGAAUUGUGAAUAAAACAAUCUGUAAUUGUA